AUGAGCGGCAGAGGUAAAACCGGCGGUAAGGCGAGAGCGAAGGCUAAGACUCGCUCAUCCAGGGCGGGACUGCAGUUCCCCGUCGGCCGUGUGCACAGACUGCUCCGCAAAGGAAACUACGCUGAGCGCGUCGGCGCCGGUGCUCCUGUGUAUCUGGCCGCUGUGCUCGAGUAUCUCACCGCUGAGAUCCUGGAGUUGGCCGGAAACGCCGCUCGGGACAACAAGAAGACCCGUAUCAUUCCCCGUCACCUGCAGCUGGCAGUGCGGAACGACGAGGAGUUGAACAAACUCUUGGGUGGAGUGACCAUCGCUCAGGGUGGGGUGCUGCCCAACAUCCAGGCUGUGCUGCUGCCCAAGAAGACCGAGAAACCCGGCAAGACCAAGUAAACGGACUGAAGUCUGUCACUGAAACACAAAGGCUCUUUUAAGAGCCACACACUUGAACUAUGAGAGAGUGAAUUGGUCUUUUAUUACACACUUGAAUUACAGAUGCUGUUUUCGGAACCGUGUAGUAUAAAUAAUCAAGCAACAUUGUGAAUUAAUUUAUAUAUAGAUUUCAACCCGAUAUAUUUACAAAUGUUUCCUGAGAUUGAGUAUCUCAAUACAAGUGUCUUGGUAUCCUGAAUGAUGAUUUUCCUCACAUUCAACUGUUGGCAGCGAAAAAUAUUUAAGCUGAAACUGGGUUUUUAUUUUAGAAACAAGUCGUGUUUUUCA